CUCAAAGACAGACCGACAGACAGAUAGACAGCUGGCAGGAGGCAGCCUGGGGAACACAGCUGCUUCAGCAGACGUCAUGGCCAUGGCCGAGUGAGCCUCCCUGGGGCCAGUGCCCCACCCCAGCAUGGUCCAGGCCCGUGGGGGGCGCUCCAGAGCACUGCGGCCGACCUCAUCUUUAGGGGCAGCCAUGACCCAACCUCCACCUGCCAAAGCACCAGCCAAGAAGCAUGUGCGGCUACAGGAGAGGCGGGGCUCCAAUGUGGCUCUGAUGCUGGAUGUGCGCUCCCUGGGCACCGUGGAGCCCAUCUGCUCGGUGAACACACCCCGGGAGGUCACCCUACACUUUCUGCGCACAGCUGGACACCCACUGACCUGCUGGGCCCUGCAGCACCAGCCACCCAGCCCCAAGCAACUGGAGGAGGAAUUCUUGAAGAUCCCCUCAAACUUCGUCAACCCUGAAGACCUGGAUAUCCCUGGUCAUGCCUCCAAGGACCGGUACAAGACCAUCUUGCCAAAUCCUCAGAGCCGUGUCUGUCUCGGUCGGGUGCAGAGCCAGGAGGAUGGAGAUUACAUCAACGCCAACUACAUCCGAGGCUACGAUGGGCAGGAGAAGGUCUAUAUCGCAACCCAGGGUCCCAUGCCCAACACCGUGUCAGACUUCUGGGAGAUGGUGUGGCAAGAAGAAGUGUGCCUUAUUGUCAUGCUCACUCAGCUCCGAGAGGGCAAGGAGAAAUGUGUCCACUACUGGCCCACAAAAGAGGAAACCUAUGGACCCUUCCAGAUAAGCAUCCAGGAUACCAAAGAGUGCCCAGAAUACACUGUGCGGCAGCUCACCAUCCAGCACCAGGAGGAACGCCGGUCAGUUAAACACAUCCUCUUCUCAGCCUGGCCUGACCACCAGACGCCGGAAUCAGCCGGGCCCCUGCUGCGCCUGGUGGCUGAGGUGGAGGACAGCCCAGAGACAGCUGCCAACACUGGGCCCAUCGUGGUCCACUGCAGUGCAGGGAUUGGCCGGACAGGCUGCUUCAUAGCCACCCGAAUUGGCUGCCAACAGCUGAAGGCCCGAGGGGAAGUGGACAUUCUGGGCAUUGUGUGCCAACUGCGGCUAGACAGAGGAGGAAUGAUCCAGACUGCGGAGCAAUACCAGUUCCUGCACCACACUUUGGCCCUAUAUGCAGCCCAGCUGCCCCAGGAACCCAGCCCCUGACCCCUGCCACCCUUCACCAGCCCAGGUGCCAACCGCCCUUCAGGCCUGGGUUUGGGGAAGUGGGCUGUGGGAUCUGGGGUACCCCCUGCAUGAGAGUGGGAAGGGAUGCCCCAUUAGUGAGCACUUAGGGUCCCAGGAAGCUGAAUCAGCAAGAAUGAGAGGCCAGGUUUCAGGUGCCCCCCACUGGCCACUCCUCUGCCUCCCCUAGUGGCCCCAGAUGGGUAAUAGAGGAGCGGUCAAAUCUCUGACCUUAAAGAUAGGAGCUGGCACAGAUGAGACACAAGCCCAGGUGGGUUGUUCUUCCCGAAAAUGCUUUGUGAGCAUUCAAUCUUCUCA